ACGGUCCGAAGUGCGUCGAGGUGCGGCGGUGCGCUGACUUACACAUCCCCUCUCCCGCGGGGGUACCUAGGUCAGUGCCGCUCACCCAGGCUUCCCCAACCUCGGGUCAAGCUGUCUUGUCUCGGCCUGCUGCGGUACCUGCUUAUCUAGCUAAGUCGGCACAAUGUGAAGUUUCCUCGUCCGUCUCCUAGUGACUUUUCUUCCUGUUUCUCCUCCUACCGUACUUUCAUCACCUGUUGCUUGUCUCAACAUCUACUCCUCCCAAGAAGAACUUGAUCCGAUCCUGCCGAUUGAUCGAGCAGCCAUUUAGCUACCAUUGGCUUUCUCUGGUUACCUCAUCCUGCUAUUUACCCCUCCUCACAGCUUCUCCGUCGCCGAUCUUCCCUUGGAGCUUCCCUCGGUCGGCAACCAUGGCUAUGAUCAUCACAAGGAGCACCAGGGCUCUUGGAGCUCUGAGGCCCCUGGCAGCUCGCUCUGCUCUCAAUGCACGUCAAUAUUCGACCUCCGAACCGGACCUUAAGACCACACUAAAGGGUGUCAUUCCCGCCAAGCGGGAGCUCCUGAAGAAGGUCAAGGCACACUCAUCCAAAGUCAUUGGGGAUGUCAAGGUUGAGAACACUCUGGGUGGAAUGCGAGGCCUUAAGGCCAUGGUUUGGGAGGGCUCCGUCCUGGAUGCGAACGAAGGCAUUCGGUUCCACGGCAGGACCAUCAAAGAUUGCCAAAAGGAGCUUCCCAAGGGAAAGACUGGAACUGAAAUGUUGCCCGAGGCCAUGUUCUGGCUUCUUCUUACAGGCCAGGUCCCGUCCACAAACCAAGUUCGCCAGUUCUCUCGUGAAUUGGCCGAGCAAGCUCAAUUGCCCGCCUUUGUCAACAAGCUCCUCGAUGAUUUCCCGAAGGACCUGCACCCCAUGACCCAAUUCGCCAUUGCGGUCUCUGCCCUCAACUACACCUCCAAGUUUGCCAAGGCAUACGAGCAGGGUAUCAACAAGGCUGACUACUGGGAGCCUACUUUCGACGAUUCCAUCUCGCUGCUGGCCAAGUUGCCCACGAUCGCUGCCAAGAUCUACCAGAACUCCUACCGCGGCGGCGGUGCCCUCCCCGCAGAAGUCGACCUGGAGCAGGAUUGGUCUUACAACUUCGCUGCCAUGCUUGGAAAGGGUGACAAGGCAAACGAGAACUUCCAAGAUCUCCUCAGACUAUACCUUGCUCUGCACGGAGAUCACGAAGGCGGCAACGUUUCCGCCCAUGCCACUCACCUCGUUGGCAGCGCCCUUAGCGAUCCCUUCCUUAGCUACAGCGCUGGUCUCCAAGGUCUUGCAGGGCCUCUUCAUGGACUUGCCGCUCAAGAGGUUCUUCGCUGGAUCCUACAGAUGAAGGACAACAUUCCCUCGUCUUACUCUGACAAGGACGUUACAGAUUACCUGUGGUCGACCCUCAACUCCGGCAGAGUUGUCCCUGGCUACGGCCACGCCGUUCUCCGGAAACCCGAUCCUCGUUUCGAGGCUCUCAUGGAUUAUGCCGCUGCCCGACCCGAGAUUGCGCAAGACCCUGUCUUUCAACUCGUGGAAAAGAACAGUCGGAUCGCCCCCGAAGUGCUCAAGAAGCAUGGCAAGACCAAGAACCCUUAUCCUAAUGUUGACUCAAGCUCUGGAGUUCUGUUCCAUCACUACGGCUUCCACGAGACCCUGUACUACACCGCCACCUUCGGUGUCUCCCGCGGUUUGGGACCCCUUGCUCAGUUAAUCUGGGACCGAGCAUUGGGACUGCCCAUUGAGCGGCCCAAGAGCAUCAACCUGGAAGGCCUUCUUAAGCAGGCUGAGAGCUCGUGAGCCAAGUAUCGUCGGCAAAAUAAUGAGGAAUUAGAUGAAUUUGACUAAAAUAGCUACGCUGGGAUCUAGACCUAGCCGGAGUUGAUCCUGUAAUCCACUGACACAUUUUUCAAAUCUCUUGACACUAUUGACUGAUAUCUCGAACCGACAUGAGUAACACCCAUAGCCGGGAGUAAGCUACCCAAGGUAGGCUUCGAUAGUGCCGCCUACUUCCUAGUUUCUGUGAAUCUCUGGAUAAUACAUUCAGGCUAGGGAACUUUGAUCAUUUGACACCUAGCUCCAGCUGGAUGGUUCGAAUCUUUAUGGAGCCACACCAUCAUGUCGCUACUUCGUCCCAAAUAAAAGCCAUUCGGGGUUUGAUUGUCUGGUCCUGCGGCAUUCCCAAAAGCGAAGUCCCGUUAAGGAGGUACGAUGGCUGCUGGAGGCCUAAGAAUGCG